AUGACCAUCUCCAAGACCUUCGCCAUCGCCGUCUUCGCCUGCCUGCUUGGCUCGUCCCAGGCCUACAAGCUGAUUGCCAGCUCGCGCAUGCUCGGCACCAGCAACUGCCCGGACUGCCAUGGGUGGGUGGCCUUCCACGAGGACUCCAACAAGGUUGUCCGCGCGGUGGUCUCCCUGGCCGGCAUGCAGCGCCAGGCCAACAGCCUGCGCGCCAUGCGCAUCCACGAGCUGGGCGACAUCAGCAACUCCAAUGGCUCCAGCAUGGCCGGCGUCUUCAACCCUGAGGGUCUGGUGGCCAACUGCGAGGAGGGCACCUUCGGUGGUGUCCUGGGCAAUGUCCAGAUCGGCGCCGAUGGCCGGGCCAAGGCCACCCUCAGCCACAAUGCCAUCUCCCUGAACAUCAACAACAACGGCCUGAUCCUGGGCCGUGGUAUCGCCGUGCACAACUACUCCCAGCCGCUGGACAAGUGCCCGGACGCCAUCCAGCUCGGUGCCGUCCUCUCGCAGGGUGUCAUCGGAUACGCCCCGGGCUCCGAGGUCUACAACCUGGACCUUGAGCGUCAUGUCGAGCCCAUGCUCAACGAGGCCAAGGCCGUCUGGCACCCGAUCCCCGGACGCAACGCCGACUCCGACUUCAGCGGCGCGCGCGGUACCACCCGCUUCGAGCAGCUGGCCGACGGUGUGCGCGUGCACAUGGACCUGGCUGGCCUGCCCCGCAACCGUGACCUCGGCCUGCACAUCACCGAGUUCGCUUCCAUCCUGGAGGACAAUGUCGACAACCUGGGCAACGUGUGGAGCCCGGUGCGCAAUGCCCAGCAUGGCUGCCGCUCCACCGACCCGGCCCGCUCGCGUGCCGGUGACCUCGGCAAUGUCCGCACCUCGGACUCCGGUACCGUCAAGGAGUCCUUCGUCCUGCCCGGCGUGAACAUCUUCCGCUCCGGCAUCAACACUCUCCUCGGCCGCGCCAUCGUCAUCCACAAUGCCGCCGACGACUGCAGCGAUGUCUCCGCCAGCGGUGUCAAGGGCCGCCGUGUCGCCUACGGUGUCAUCGGUGCCAGCAACGCGGCCUUCGCCACGGCCGCCGCGCUCGGUGUGGCCACCGCCUCUGCCCUGUCCAUGCUCUUCUAA